AUUCUAGCAUAUUUCACUCAACAUAAUAUGGAGUUUGAUCAUUUUCUAUGUAAAGUUAUGCAAGGUGACAUUACAGCUAUUAAACAAUGUAUUGUAAGAAAUCCUGAUAGAAUUAACAAUCCCAACAAUUGUGGCAACACCAUACUUCAUUUUGCAAGUGUUAAAGGCAACACCAACAUUGUCCUAAUGUUACUGAAAGCAGGAGCUAGCGUAACAUCAACAGAUCAAGACGGCAAUACACCUUUACACUGGGCAGCACUAAAUAACCAACAUGAAGUGGUGGCAUUGUUGCUGUGCCAUGGAGCUGAUACCAACAUCCUCAAUAGAAACGGGUGUAGUCCACUCCAUGAAGCCAUCCUUAAAAACAAUAUAAAGGUGGUGGAGAAAGUACUCAAUACAACAGAUGUACAUAACGUUCAGAUCAAUCAACAAGAUUCUAACAGUAGGACACCUCUAUAUAUGGCCUGUGAGGAUGGAUACCAUAACUUAGUUGAAUUGUUACUGAAGUCUAAUGUUGAUGUCAAUAUGGCUGAUAAACAUGGUAGAACACCUCUACAUGUGGCCUGUCGUGGUGGAUACACAGACACAGUACAAAUGUUAUUGCAGUUUAAAGCCAAUGUCAAUAUGGUGGAUGAGUAUGGUAAAACACCUGUACAUAUGGCCUGUAGUGAAGGAUACUCUGCCACAGUUUUAGUCUUAUUGCAAUUUAAACCUGACAUUAAUGUGGUAGAUAACUGUCAUAACACACCUUUACAUAUGGCCUGUCAUAGAGGACAUCACAACAUAGUAGAGGUGUUAUUGCAGUCUAAAGCUGAUGUUAAUGUGGAAGAUAGAUAUGGCAGAAAGCCUCUACAUAUGGCCUGUUUUAGUGGACACUCUGGCACUGUAAAGGUGUUACUGAAGUUUACAGCUGAUGUCAAUAUGACAAAUAAGUAUGGUAACACACCUCUACAUUUGGCCUGUUAUGGAAAACACAUUGGUACAGUAGAGGUGUUAUUGAAGUCUACAGCUGAUGUCAAUGUGGGGAAUAGCAAAGGUAAUACACCUCUACAUGUGGCCUGUGGUAGUGGUGGACAUGCAGACACAGUGAAAAUGUUGUUGCAACAUAAACCUGAUGUUAAUAUGAAGAAUAGAUUUAAUGACACGCCUCUACAUCUGGCAGUUCUACAGUAAGUUCAAGAGCAGAUCAGGAAUCUUGACAUCUGUCUUUUCUUGAAAUUUGGUUUUUCUGUUUCAAAUAAUGUUUGUUUUCAUUGAGUCAUUAAUGUUGUCUCUCCACAGGUUAUCAAUGACUCAUAACUCUACUUCAUUAAGUAAUCAUCAUCAUCAUCACCACCACUACCACCACCACUAUCAUCAUCAUCAUAAUCAUCACCAUCAUCUUCAUCAUCAUUGCCAUCAUCACCAUUACCAUCAGUGAGAUUUGAGGAAACU